AAUUAAAAUUCAAGGCUGUAAACUGAUAAGCUGAGAAUAUGUGGUGUGAUUUGGGGCACGAAUCAAGUAAUAGGGGCUUCUUUAUGUAAUUGUCCCAAGAAUAUAUCGUGUCAAGCCCUACAUUUCUAAUCGAUCAGAAUCUCACUCCCCAAAAUCUUGAUCUUGAAUCGAACAAAGCUCCCGGCGACGAGACUAUGGCACCAAAUUCAUUGGAAAUGGUAGAGAACAAUUCAACCUCUGAAUCUCCGGCAGAAACCCCAAACCCUAAUCCUGAUGGGAAUUCACCUUCUGAGGGUGACAUUUCAAUUGAUGCGAUAUCGCGAAGGGUUCAAGAAUCACUCUCUCUUGCAAAGAGGCACAAGUUUUGGGAAACCCAACCUGUUGGUCAGUUCAAGGACCUUGGGGACCCAAGUUUGCCUGAAGGGCCAAUUGAACCGCCAACACCCUUGUCGGAAGUCAAACAAGAACCCUAUAAUCUACCGAAUCUAUACGAAUGGAUAACUUGUGACAUGAAUUCUGAAGAUAUGUGCUCUGAGGUUUAUAACCUCCUAACCAAUAACUAUGUUGAGGACGAUGAGAAUAUGUUCAGGUUUAACUAUUCGAAGGAGUUUCUUCGGUGGGCCCUUCACCCGCCGGGUUAUUUUACAAGCUGGCACAUUGGGGUGCGAGUCAAAAGCUCGAAGAAGUUAGUCGCUUUUAUUACUGGAGUUCCCGCGAGGAUCCGGGCCCGUGAUACUGUCGUCAACAUGGCAGAGAUCAAUUUCUUGUGUGUUCAUAAGAAGCUUAGGUCGAAACGACUUGCUCCUGUGAUGAUUAAAGAAGUUACUAGGAGGGUUCAUUUGGAAAAUAUUUGGCAAGCAGCUUAUACAGCUGGAGUGGUUAUUCCUACACCCAUAUCCACUUGCCAGUAUUGGCAUAGGUCUUUGAAUCCGAAGAAGCUUAUCGAUGUUGGAUUUUCUAGGCUUGGUGCUAGAAUGACAAUGAGCCGAACGAUUAAGCUGUAUAAAUUACCGGAUUCCACUUCUACCCCUGGGUUUAGGAAGAUGGAGCCCCACGACGUUCCUGCGGUUACGCGUUUGCUUAGGAAUUACUUGAGUCAAUUUCUCGUUGCACCUGAUUUUGAUGAAAAUGACAUUGAGCACUGGCUUCUUCCGAGGGAAGAUGUGGUGGAAAGUUUUCUGGUCGAGAGCCCUGAGACGCAUGAGAUCACCGACUUCUGCAGUUUUUACACUCUUCCAUCGUCUAUCUUAGGAAACCAGAAUUACUCAACAUUGAAAGCUGCUUAUUCUUACUAUAACGUGUCUACAAAGACUCCGUUGCUUCAGCUCAUGAAUGAUGCUCUUAUCGUAGCGAAACGGAAGGAUUACGAUGUUUUUAAUGCCUUGGAUGUUAUGCAAAAUGAAGGUUUCUUGAAGGAACUGAAGUUUGGACCCGGUGAUGGGAAACUGCACUAUUAUCUCUACAACUAUCGGCUUAACCAUGUCAUGAGACCAUCAGAACUUGGGCUUGUGCUUUUGUAGUAGAGCCCUCAAUUCAUAUAUGGUAUGCACCACAGGAGGCAGUUUUGUCUAAUUAUCCUGAUUGUUUCAGUUUCCAAGUUGCAACAAUUGUGCUUCAUAGUUUGUUGGCAAUCCAUGAUUGGAUUUUAGAUUUUGUUACUUGAGUGGAAGAUUGAUUUCAUGAGCUUUUAUUUCCCGAGUUUCUUGGGUAGUGUACUGGUGCUUUGAUUUUCAUGUGUUGUAGAACAGCAAAAAGGUUGUUUUUUGUUUUCAAAACAAUUUCCUUUCCAGCUCCA